AUGGAUCCUUCUAUCGUGCAAAAGGAAGAAGACGCAAGGCUCGUAAAGCUUGUGGAAGAUUACAUCCGUCAAGAAGAUCACAACAAGGCCAUGGAGGUAAUUGAAGAUUCGAUUUCAGUCCGUGGGAUACAGAAACUCCCCAGGGCGUUGAAUUUCCUUGAAGGCUCUGUUUUGUUUCAGCUAGGGAAUAGAAACGAGGACAUUGACUUAAAGUUUGCGUUUUUGCUGGGUUCUGGGGAAUGCUACAUGGUAAAUAAUGGGGUACACUAUUAUGCUACCAUGUCAAUGUUUGAGUUAGCCAAACAUAUUGACUCAGCAGUGUAUUACAGGAAAGCUAUAAAACACGCAAGAGCGAAUCUGUCGUUUCUUGCUUCUUUUGAUCGGUUGAGUCCGGCUGAUGAAGACGCAAAACGUACACUCGUGAACAUACUUGAGUUUGCAGAGUCAAAGAUCCGACUUGGUGUUAGUGGUAAAGUCUCUCAGCCAAAGGUAGAGAAUGUUGGAAACACGAUUAGGUCUGACUCUAAUACUGUUGAGGGUAAGAGACUGAAGUUGUAUUGGGCUGGUAUGGAUGCUGAGAGUAAAAAGAAGUUUGUGAAAGUAAGUAUUGAAGAGCUUAGAAGCUAUGUGGAGAGAUUGUACGGCAGAGAAGGAGAAGAUGCUUUGGAGCAAGUUCUUGAUUCUGCAAGAACAGAGAAGAAGUGGAGAUUCUGGAUGUGUAGAACUUGUUCAGAGAAGUUCUUUUAUCAGAGAAAGUUCAAGAAUCAUCUUGAGCAGAAGCAUGCUGCGAAGUUUAAGCCUUCUACGACGAAGCAUAUGGCUCAGAGGGUAGAUGAAGCGUGGGCUGGUUUGUUAAUUGUUGGAGAUUGGGAGCCGGUGGAUACAGUAGCUGCUGCUGAGAUGAUCAAGACUCGGCUUGAGUUUGUGAAAGCGUUUGUGUAUGAGAAUGGAUGGUCCAGAGACUGGCCUUUAGCUGCAGAUGGAGAGCGAAGGAAGCUACUCAAGGAAGUUAAGUUGCUUCUUGUGUCGUUUGAGGAGUGUAAGAUUCUUUCUUGUGGUGUUCGAGACUGGUUGAUGCGUUUUGUGAUUAGGCAUCUUGCACAGUAUGAAGUUUCAGAGUGCCGCCUAGUGGAAACACCUCAGAGUAUCUGCUUUUUGGAAUGUGGUGAGCUCAGUGAAGUUAUAGACCUUCUCAAGCUCAUCAAGUGUGAAAGGGAUGAUGGCGCAGAUGUGGUUAGCAGAGCAGUGGAUAGUUCAUUGGGUCGUGCUCGAGUUAAAGAAAAGAUUGAAUUCGAUGAUCAGUUUUCAUCUAUGCUUCUGGAUAAAAGACUGCUGAGAGGAGAGAUUUCUUCGUUUGAUGAUGAAGGGACAAUAGGUUUUUGUGGUGAGGAUGUUUACUACGCCAAGACACAUCCUCAGGGAGAUGAUUUCAUAACCUGGUUGCUUGACUUUCCUCUGAUAGAUGAGAGCUUUGAGUUUCCGAGAUCUAUCAGAGCAUACAAUCUUGAUAUAUGGGUUGCUGUUCUGAGAGCCAUUCACUUCACGUGUAGGGACUUGGGAGCCAAAUAUGCAAAGAAGUUGAAUAUCUUAGGUUAUGAUGCAUGUCUUGUCGACGCCAUAAACCUAUGUGUAUGCGAGAAUGAAAGGAGAAACAAUGUUCCGGAACAUGAAUGGAACAAAUAUGCAUAUCUUCUACACAAAGAAUGUGAAGAGCGUGGAACUAAGGAGCCUUACUGUUCUCUCAAUACACACAUGUUCCUGUGUGCAGUGAAAGAUGUUCUCGAAGAAGCAUCGCAUCCGACGUUUUAUUUCCCUGAUCUGGGAGAUUGUAUGAAACUUAUACAUGGGAAUAAAGAUGUCAGUGAUGAGAGAGUGUGGAAGUCCAUGGAUCUUCUGAGAUCAGUGGUCGCCAACAAGGUUCCGUUAGCCGAUUCAAAGAUUUUACUGGUUGAAAAUUCAAGGAUUAGUUUGCUAAAUGACCUCAUCAGGCUUUCUGUUUUUGACCACCGAUCUUAUAUCCUUAAUCUGCUGAAACGUUGCUUGCGGGACAAGUUAGAUGGAAUAGUAGAUAUGGAUACCAAAGCCAAGGUAGCUGCAGCAGGUGCAGAUCUUUUAUCCGAGAAAAGCCAAGAGAAGGAGAAGAAUUCAGGGUCAAAGAAAAGAAAACAUGGAAACAAGAAGAGAACUUCGACGAGCUUGUCUAGUCUUCAUGAUCCGAAGGUCAAACAUGAACAUCCUGUCAACCUUGAACCGGACGGUACGCAUCUAUCACUAGAAGAUGAUGUGGAAGAAAGUGCAGUGGAGCCAGAAUGUACCAAUGAGACGGCUAAAGAUAUGCAAACCAUGCCUGGACAGGAGUCACUGUCGAAACCUUUGGAGUCAGCACUUCGAGAAGGUCCAGCCAGAAGCAAUUUAGCUCUUGACAUGACGCUGAAGGCACUCUGUAACAUUAAGGUUCUUAAAGAGUAUUUGGUGCACAAUCGGAAUCAAUUUCCUGACAACAUGGAAGAACAAGUCCCUUUUGCACUAGGGAAUUUCUUUGCUGCUUUUGCCUCGAACCAGAUGAAAGAAGAGGGACUCUACAGUUACCUCCUCGGCAACGUACUUGCUUCCCUAGAAGAAGCUCAUUUAAUGUCAAGUAAUGCUUCUGAGCUGCUCGUAGCCAUCCUUGAGUUCUGGCCUUGCUGGAAAAUUCCAGAAAUACAAAGCGUGGUAACUCAUCUUUUUACAGUGGAAGAAUAUGAACGAAUGAGUUGUAGCAAAUGCAGAAAGAAGCCAAAUUAUCCAGAGCAGAGUUCUUAUGGCAUCGUUAUGGCUGCAGAUUCAAUCAGAGACUUGAAGUCUGCUUUUGGGAAAAUUAAGUUUGAGGACAUCCUUAAGGUGAUUCGAAUGGAAGAGAAAAUGUUAUGUGACAUUAAAACCGGAGGCUGUGGAAAGGCAAACUUUGUUCAUCACAUUAUAACUACACGCCCUCCUAUAUUCACAAUCGUUUUGGAAUGGGAGAAGGAUGAAACUGAAAAGGAAAUAUCUGAAACAACAAAUGCUUUGGAGUGGGAGAUAGAUUUGAGCACGCUAUACGAAGGCUUACAAGCAAACACAAAGUACCGGCUUGUGUCAAUGGUUGGUUGUGGUGGUGAAGACGGAGAACACAUUUGCAUGGCUUUUAAAAAGAAUCGGUGGGUUAGUUUCAGACAUGAAGCGUUAGCAAAAAAGGCUGUUGGUAGCUGGAAGAGUGUAGUCAAAUUCUGCGGAGAGACAAAGUUUCGGCCAGAGAUUCUGUUUUAUCAAGCUGUAUUAGGAAGUUCCGGCGAGAACUUUGAUGUAUAG